AUGGCAUCAGAUGAAGGCAAGCUUUUCGUUGGAGGGUUGAGUUUUGACACCAAUGAGCAGUCGCUGGAGCAGGUCUUCUCAAAAUACGGACAGAUUUCUGAAGUGGUGGUCGUGAAAGACAGGGAGACCCAGCGGUCACGGGGCUUUGGGUUUGUCACCUUUGAGAACAUCGACGAUGCCAAAGAUGCGAUGAUGGCCAUGAAUGGGAAGUCUGUGGACGGGCGACAGAUUCGAGUUGACCAGGCUGGCAAGUCAUCUGAUAACCGAUCUCGUGGGUACCGAGGCGGCUCUGCUGGGGGCCGGGGCUUCUUCCGUGGGGGCCGAGGCCGCGGCCGUGGGUUCUCCAGAGGAGGAGGGGACCGAGGCUAUGGGGGGAGCCGGUUCGAGUCCAGGAGUGGGGGCUACGGGGGCUCCAGAGACUACUACAGCAGCCGGAGUCAGGGUGGCGGCUAUGGCGAUCGGAGCUCUGGAGGGUCCUAUAGAGACAGCUACGACAGUUAUGGUUGA